UCGGCCUCAGUCGCCGGCGGGAGCUUGAAAAUGUGAAAUCGCGCUCAGGAAUUCGGCUGGUGGAAUUGCCAUAUCAAACUCGAAUUGGCAAAACAUCCGCCACAACCAUAUCUGUGAUUAUAUAGUAGCCAUCUAGCGAAAAAAAUUGUUUUAAAUUAGUGCUGAUAAUCCCUGUAACAAGCAAAAAACAAAGAAAACUGCCGUAUAAAUUGCACAAAGCCCAGUUCAGCUAAUCAGUCUGAUUAAGGUAACAUGAAAUCCACAAUUUCUUUACUGCUGGUCGUCAUCUGCACCGUGGUCCUGGCCGCGCAACAGAGCCAAGCGAAAAAGGGAUGCCAGGCCUACGGCCAUGUGUGCUACGGAGGUCAUGGCAAGCGCUCCCUGAGCGCCGGAUCCGGGUCUGGAACUGGAGUGGGAAUGGGAAUGGGCGAGACAGCCUCCGGAGGCCAGGAGCAGGACUACGUGCGUCCAAACGGACUGCUGCCCAUGCUGUCGCCGAAUGAACAGGUUGCGGUGGCGCCCGAGGCCGACUUUAAUGACUAUCCCGCCCGUCAGGUGCUCUACAAAAUCAUGAGAUCAUGGUUUAACCGGCCACGACGACCGGCCGCACGAAUGGGUGAACUGGAUUAUCCUUUGGCCAAUUCCGGCGAAUUGAAUGCCUUGAACUAAGACCAGCAAAUAUAUCCAAUUCACGUUUCCACAACCUACAGCGAAAACAACAAGAAUAAAUCUCAGAAAAUGAGAGCAACCACAAUAUCAGCAGCAACAACAACAUAUGAAUUACUUAUGAAUGUUAAUUACUUUCGCAACUUGUAUAAAAUGUUUGAUAAAUGUCUACACAUACCAAGCAGUCAAUUUUCAUGCUAAUUGCAUAAACAUUUAACCAAAAAAACCCAACUGAAAUUUUUAGGGGCUGGUAAGGAUUUCAGUGCCAAAAAAAGGAGCAGACGACAAAGAAUAAAUCAAUGAAAACGGCAAGACAGCGUGUUUCAAUGUUUAUAUCAAAUAUAUACAUAUAUUUUAUUUAUGUUAAUUUACGAGGAAAGCGAAAGACUACAUAUAGCUGUAAUUUUACUUUAAAUAUAUUAAC